UCGUAAUGGCGGUCGUCGUAAUCUUGUAUUCUAUCAUUCUUGGAAGUAAGUUCGAUAAGCUUGUGCUCACUUUCAUAUGCAUAAAAACAAGCUUUUGCUCUUUUUAGUGAGCUCUUGCUCAAAUUUUGUUGAGGCUGCCUAUAGUUGACUCGCGUACACUAAAAAGGAAUCAUGGCUGAAUAUUUUGUGCCACAAAGAAAUACAAAAUGUUAUCAACAGCGUAAAACAAGUUUAGCAAGUGAGGAUAAAAAAUUAUACAGGUUUGAUGAUAUUAGCAUCUGCUGGUUGGCUAAUUAUUUUUUUGAGGAGUCGGAAGAAACACGUGGUGGUGCCCUCAGCAACAUUGAUAAAAUUCGACUGUAUUUAAGAUUUUGUGCAGAUCCUGGAUUCCAAAAUGGUAUAGCCACAGAUAUUGGUGUCCAUCAAUCAACUGUGUCGCGAACUAUUGCGGAAGUUGCGAAACUUAUAUCUUCCAAAGCAAGCGAGUGGAUAAAAUUCCCGAAAGAUGCAGAUAAAAUAAAAGAUGCUCAAAGGAAAUGGCAAGCAAAUUAUUUAUUUCCAUUUGCAAUUGGAGUGAUUGAUUGUACUCAUAUAAAAAUAAAAAAACCACAAAUCAAAGCGAUGAGUAUAUUUGUAGAAAAGGCUUCCACUCUAUAAAUGUGCAGGUAACUUGUGAUGGAAAAGAACUUUUUACAAGAGUUGACAUAUCCUGGCCUGGCUCAGUUCAUGAUUCACGCAUCCUACGAAACAGCGAGGUAUGUAUAUAGGAUAAUGCAAAAUGUAACAAACGAUGCAUUACUUCUCGGGGAUGAGGGCUAUGGGAUAUGUCCAUGGCUAAUGACACCAUUCCAAGAUUUUCGAUACUUCAAUACAAAAUUCGUGUAUCGACAGAGCUGGCGCCUCACGUAAUAGCUAGUUGUUUCAUUUUACAUAACAUAGCUAAAUUUUUAAGAGACGAUUACAUUCUAAUCAAUGACGAUUACAACAAUAAUGAUGUAUGGUAAUUAGGAAAUUAUAUCGAACAACAAACAGCAAGAAUUUCAGAAGCUGGAAAAAACAAAAGGUGGA